CAUCGUGACGUACGGUGGUCAAGGCCUGUCAACUGUCAUUUCGCAAGUUCUUUAUGCUGUAAGGUUAACUGACAGAAGUAAACAAUUUAGUUGACAAUAUUUAUUCAAGUUUAGAUGUUUAAAGUUUUAUAAAAAAAAACAAUUUUUAUUAAGAAAUAGUUCUUAAGAUGGGUAAUAGAAGCUCUUUACUAUUGAGGGAAGAAGAGAUUGCACAAAUUCAAGAAGAAACUGGUUUUACUCCAAACCAAAUCGAACGUCUGUAUUCGAGGUUCACCAGUCUGGACAGAGGUGACUGCGGGACAUUGAGUCGUGAAGACUUUCUGCGCAUUCCAGAGUUGGCAAUCAAUCCACUGGGGGAUAGGAUUGUACAUGCCUUUUUUGAUGACGAUUCGGGCAGUGACCGCGUCAACUUCAGGCAGUUCAUGCAAGUGCUAGCUAGGUUUCGACCAAUAAAGAAAAUGAAGGAUAAUAAGCUCAAUUCAAGAGAGCAAAAACUGAAGUUUGCCUUUAAAAUGUACGACUUAGACAACGAUGAUAUGAUAUCAAGAGAUGAGCUGUUGGCUAUCCUGCACAUGAUGGUGGGCGCAAACAUCAGUGAGGAGCAGCUUACAUCCAUCGCGGAGAGAACGAUCAACGAGGCAGACAUCAACGGGGACCAGAUGAUCUCUUUCGACGAAUUCUGCAAGGCCCUUGAUAGGACAGAUGUCGAACAGAAAAUGUCAAUUAGGUUUCUUAAUUAACAUCACCAAUCAACUAUAAGACAAAUGUUACCAUAGCUUUAAAUUUAGGAAAUUGUUAAUCGCCGCCAACUAAAAGCUUUUAAAUUUUUUUAUGAAGUCUAAGGAGAAUUUUGUUAUAUGUUGAUAAAAUGCGUACAAAUAGUGUCAUCUUGAUGGCUCAAAGCUCUUUUUGAACCUAAUGUUAAUGCAAAAUAUAGAGAUUUUGCCUGUCAUAAUUAAAUUUGGUUUUUUGUCUUCAUUUAAGCCAAAACUCAAUGUCUGAGUAUUCAAUGUAACAACUAUGAAAAUAUGCACUAAUUUUACAUAUCAUAAUUCUUGUUAAAUAAUACAAAAUGCAUAAAACUUUACUUAUAUAUAUAUAGUUAAAGUAUCUAAAAAUUUAAAUUACUCAUAUAUCAAAAAUACACAUAUAUAUAUAAUAAAAAAUUAGAGAAACCCUCAACAAAAUUUAUUAUUAUUGCUCCUUUAGAAAUACAAUUAAUGUUAUGCAAUACAUUAAUUUCAAUAAACGACAGUGUAGAGCAAAUAUCUGAUUAAUAUAACUAUCUCCAAAAAAAGUUGUUGACAAAUGUUUGUAAUUCUCAGUAAAGAGUUAAUUUUAGAGAGCACUAUGUUAUUUUUAGACACUUUAAGUUGUAAUUCAUUAUUAUACUACACAAUAGUGUUGUAUUGAUUUUAUCACACCCCACUAUAAUAGAAUUGUUUUAUUGGAUUUUCUUUGUCAUGCAUUUAAAUCUUUCAAUGGGCAUAAAAUCAUUUUAAUGUUCAUAAAAUAUAAAGACCUAUUACAAAAAAAACAUAAUAUUUUAACUGUACAUAAUCGUUGUUGGAAUAAUGGGUACUUUACUGUAAAAUUAUCGGAACUGUUACUAAGCAUUUAGCCUGAAACGUUCUAUAAGAGAGAAAAAGUAAGUUUACUGUAUUAUAUCAUUAAAUGUAACAAGGCUCAAUUUUUCCAAAGUAUUGAAACAUUUAAUACACAUUUGGUUGAAACAAUGUUUGAAAUAAGUGAUUGAAUUUAACUGGGGUCUAUUAAAAGUGGAUAAAAUAUAUUGUCAAUAAUUUUAGAUUUUGGUCCCAGUUUCAUAUACUAGACUGGAUUAAUACGGAAAACAACUAAUUUUUAAUACACCAAAUUGUCUACAUUUAAUUUAGUAUAUUAUCUGUAGUUGCAGGUAUUUUUAGUUUCAUCUUUUUUCCACAGUUUAAAUUUUAAAUUAUUCUAUGCAGCCUUUAGAUUGCUUACGAUAAGCAUACCUUUAUUUUUAUAUAGUCAUAUUGUUAUAUUUUUGCAUUUAAAUAAAUGAGUUAUUACCACU